AUGUCCGACAACAAGCCCGAAUCCGAAGUCUUGGAGACUACCGCCGUCUCGCCGGCAAAGCAGUCAUUUGGAUCACGAGCCGCCACUCAUUUCAAGAAAUGGUGGUGGGUACACCUGAUCGUGUUCAUCAUUGUGGUCCUUGUCAUAGCGCUUCCAGUGGUCUAUGUCGCCUACCCCAACAUCGCCCAGCAUGACAUCAAUAGCUCUACUCUCAACAUCACAAGCAUGAUUAUUAGCGACCCCAAGCCCAAGUCUUUCUUCCUUAACCAGACCCAGGUCAUUGGCUCUGAUAGCUCCUAUCAUCCUGAGAUCUACGGAUUCGAUGCCGCGGUGUCCUUGCUAGGUGCUGCAUCCGCCUUUGCGACUGUCAAAGUUCCUGCUGUGAAGUCCAAGGAUGGGGCGGAAGUCAUUGUUUCGCAGUCGCUUGAUCUGAGUGAUGCUGACGCUUUCUCUGACUACUGUACCGCAGUCAUGAUGAAUGAGGAGGUCUCGUUGAACAUUUAUGGCAAGCCAAAACUUCAGCAAGGAUCUUUGCCGAAGGUGACCGUGACAUACAACAAGACGGUCUCGAUGAAAGGCCUCAAUAAGCUCAAGGGGUUCGACGUGACGGAGUUUCACAUCAUGACUACAGUCGUGAAUGGUCGAAAUAUGAACGGCACAGUCUUUAUUCCGAACCCUUCUGUGAUGACUUUAAGCAUGGGAAAUGUGACUCUCAACCUCCUAGUGGGAGGCCAAAAAUUGGGUCUAUCCUACCUUGAUGACCUCGUGCUCAAGCCCGGCAACAAUACUAUCCCAAUGACUUCAACGAUCAAUGAGACUGCUAUUAUAGAGAUGCUCACCUCGGAUAGCAAUCCCUUCACGACUGGUGUUGUGCCAUUUACUAUCACCGGUAACUCCAGCGUUUACAAUGGCCAGGAGCUGCCUUAUUUUACCGAUGCACUGACCGCAAAUAACCUGACUGUCCAACUGAAUGUCACAAAGGCUCUCGCGGAGAUUGGUCUUACCCUCUAA